GAACUUAACGGCUAAUUACCGACACAUAGCCGUUACCCCUCUCCCUUAAAGUGGGAUUCUUGAUUUCUUGAUUCUGCACACACAAUUAGCUACACAGUAUAACUAACUACACAUUCAUCACUUCACAGGAAAAAAGGGGUUUCUUUAAUUACAACAUUGUAUGUAUACAUAAAUCAGCAAUGGCUAAGGCUGUUAACUUUUCUUUUCCUUGUCAUGAUUUCCCUCGUUUCAGUUGACCUGGUAUUAGGGAAUUCACAGAAAAGCUGGUGCGUGGCAAAACCAUCGUCAGACGAGGCCACUCUGCUGGCAAAUAUCAACUACGCUUGCUCUCAAGUAGACUGCAGGAUCCUGCAGAAGGGCUGCCCCUGCUUCUCCCCUGACAAUCUCAUCAACCAUGCAUCCAUAGCCAUGAAUCUCUACUAUCGGGCCAAGGGAAGGAACCACUGGAACUGCUACUUCAAGAACUCUGGACUCAUCGUCGUCACUGAUCCAAGCUACGGCAGCUGCAUCUACGAAUAAUCAUCGUAUCGCUGUAGUCAUGUAGAAAUUGCUGUAAUGAAAUUGUGGAUUGGAAUAGAUUACUGCUUGUGUGCUGAUUAAUGAUGGUACUUAGUUUCAUAUAGUGUGUUGUGGUAGUUUCUGUAAGAAUGUGGUUUUCUGCAGUGGUAGCUGACUUGAAACAUGAGAUUUUGAGGUCCAACCUGCUCCAAACCAUGGUAUACACUUCUUCUUUAUUUCAAAUCAGGUUGGCUUGAGCGGGAGGUUCUAAUUUGAAUUUAAAUUCAAGUAAGUUCAUACUAGAAAACAACCACAACAAUAAUAAUAGA